AUGAGGAUUGCGACAUUUCAGUUACGCCCCCGGCUCGCUGACGUCGAGGGCAAUAUCCGGAGAGCUGAUGUACUGGUGGGAAAGCUAGAAAACAUGCUUCAAAGCAAUGGCAAAAGAAAAGGGCUAGAUCUACUGGUUUUGCCAGAGAUGGCGUUCAGUGGAUAUAAUUUUCCAUCCUUGAAGGCUGUACGACCAUACCUCGAGCCAUCGGAGGCCGGGCCUUCCGCUUGCUGGGCACGAAGGAUUGCUCAGAAACUAGGUUCUGUUGUCGCAGUGGGCUACCCUGAGAUCUGCCCCCCUCUGCAGCCUAAACUGCCUAUGCAAGCCAAGACAGGGGAAGAUGCGAGAAAACCGCAUGACGAACGCCGAUUCAACUCUCUGAUUAUUGUCAGAGAGUCUGGGGAGACUUUGGUGAACUAUAGAAAGCAUCACCUUUACUAUACGGAUGACCCAUGGGCUCAUGAAGGUGAAUCCCACGAGAGCGGGUUCUUCCUGAUGCCUCUGUCGGCUGGGCUACAGCAAAAGAUACCCGAGGACAGCGAUGGUGACACCUCCAGUACAGUCGCUCCUCCAAGAAAUGAAAUACCUACCGCCGUGGGAAUAUGCAUGGACAUCAAUCCCUACAAGUUCAUCGCGCCCUAUAGUGCCUGUGAAUUUGCAACUCACGCUCGGUCAAGCGGCGCGAGGCUAGUGAUUGUAUCCAUGGCGUGGCUAACACUGUUAAGUUCCGAGGAACUAGCUACUAUGGAGGACAAACCAGAUAUGGAUACCUUUCAGUAUUGGAUUUCCCGGUUUGCGCCCUUUUUCCUACCCGAUGAGGAGCAUGGGGAGGUAAAAGAUGAGAUUGGCUCUGACAGAGUGGCUGAGCCGCAAGUCAUCAUCGUGUUUGCCAACCGAGCAGGGGAAGAGGAGGGACAGGAAGGGAAAGACACUGCAAGGUAUGCCGGGUCAAGUUGCGUAGUCGGUAUACGACGUUGUCCACACAAAGUGGGGGAUGGGAAUGUGGACAAAGUUGAGAUGCUUAUAUGGGAUAUGCUUGGGGCUUCAGAGGAAGGCAUUUGUCUGGUCGAUACUAGCUCGACGCCCAGAAUGAUAGGAACUGUAAAUAUAUGA